CAGAAACUCAGAAUCAAAGUAAAAGAAAACUUUUUCCUGGUUUCCCUUCUCUCUUCUCUCCAUUUGACGUAGAAAAUAGAAGAUAACCCGCAAACCAAAUUAAUGGCAUUGGUGACACCAAUCGUGGGCACGUAUCAAAAGACACAAGCAGUUCAUGUGAUUUGCAGAAGGAAAGAUAGAAGUAGAGAUCAUAACAUUCACCCUUAUAAAGUCAUCGAAAUUACACCUCCUCCCAAGAGCCUUGGCGUUCGUUGCUUCCCUUCUAACUUGCAAUGUGGAGAGAGCGUGACAAUCGAAGGCCGAACUUAUACUGUUUCAGCUGUUACUCACCGGUACCGGCUUCGCAAAGGGAAGUAUGAACCUAGCGAGAAGAGGCUUGACGUUCUUUCCACUGGCAGAGGCUCUUCUGAGGAUGCUUCUUCCCCAGUUGGCAAAGUGGAGAUCCAACUAGGGUAUGAGCCAAAUUGCAUCCCCUAGUGUGAUUCUGAAAUCAUAUUAGUGAUGAAUCUUAAUUGCAUUUCUGUAAAUCUCUGUCUACCCAAAUAAUAUUAUUAUGGUCAAUAACCUCAUAACUCUGCACCCCACCCACCUGUCAUCCCUGCCCCAAAACCCUUCCUGCCUCUGUGCUCAGCCAAAGAGACAUAAACUUAUCCACAAUUAAUCUUGUCUUGUUCAGAUCUCUCCAAAUCAUUUUAGGGCACCAAGACAGUGUUAGAAUUUUGGUGCAUUUUUCUUAAUGCGGAGUUGAGCACAGGGGAUCACAGGGAGACAGUUAUUGGGGUUAUGAACAAAUCAUAAAUCACAAUCAUGAAUGAUGGAUGGAUGGAUGGAGGGAGAGAAAGAGAAUGAUUCAAUACACUGCACUGGGAAAAUGAUUGUUGAGACAUGUUUUAUUUGAUCGAUGACACACCCUUGUCCUACAACUAUCAUACAUUCUCCCUAUUUCAUUC